AUGUCCUUUCUUCUGAAUUCUUUAUAUUUUUCUUCUUUCUUUCUUUCUUUUUUUUUCUUUCUUUUUUCUUUCUUUCAUUCGUUCGUUUUCCUUUCUUUCUCGCCUUUCUUUUUCCACCUCUCCAAUGAAUUUCUUUCUGUCCUUUCUUCUGAAUUCUUUAUAUUUUUUCUUCUUUCUUUCUUUUCUUUCUUUCUUUCUUUCUUUUUUUCUUCAAUUCGUUCGUUUCCUUUCUUUCUCUUGACGCUUUCUUUUUCCACCUCUCAUUACAAUUUUUCUUUUGUUUCUUUUUUUUUAUCUUUUUUUUCUUCCUUCUUUUUUUUUGAAUUCCUUCUGCUCUCCUACUCAGCUGUCCUUUCUUCUGAAUUCUUUAUAUUUUUUCUUCUUUUUUCUUUCUUUUCUUUCUUUCUUUCUUUCUUUCUUUCUUUCAUUCGUUCGUUUCCUUUCUUUCUCUUGACUUUUUCCACCUCUCAUUACAAUGAAUUUCUUUGUUUCUUUCUUUUUUUAUCUUUCUUUCGUUCUUCCUACCUUCCUUUUUUUGAAUUCCUUCUGCUCUCCUACUCUGCUGUCCUUUCUUCUGAAUUCUUUAUAUUUUUUCUUCUUUCUUUCUUUCUUUCUUUCUUUCUUUCUUUCUUUCUUUCUUUCAGGAUUCGUUCCUGUCCUUUCUUCAAAUUCUUUAUAUUUUUUUCUUUCUUUCUUUCUUUCUUUCUUUCUUUCUUUCUUUCUUUCUUUCUUUCUUUAGUAUUCGUUCCUGUCCUUUCUUCUGAAUUCUUUUAUUUUUCUUCUUUCUUUCUUUUCUUUCUUUCUUUUCUUUCUUUCUUUCUUUCUUUCUUUCUUUCUUUCAUUCGUUCACUAAUUUCUUUGUUUCUUUCUUUUUUCUUUCUUUCGUUAAAGUACUUCCUUUUUCAUUUCCUUCUGCUCUCCUACUCAGCUGAGGUUUCUUUCUUUCUUUCUUUCAUUCGUUCGUUUCUUUCAAACUUCUUGCUUUCCUUUCUUUUUUCACCUCUCAUUACAAUGAAUUUCUUUGUUUCUUUCUUUUUUUCUUUCUUUCUUUUUCUAUACCUUCCUUUUUUAUUCCUUCUUCUCGUAAGCUUCCUUUCUUCUGAAUUCUUUUAUUUUUUCUUCUUUCUUUCUUUCUUUCUUUUCUUUCUUUCUUUCUUUCAUUCGUUCUUUCCUUUUCUUUCUCUUGACCUUUCUUUUCUUUCCUCUCAUUACAAUGACAUUUCUUUGUUUCUUGAUUUUUUAUCUUUUCUUUCGUUCUUCCUACCUUCUUUUUUUUUGAAUUCCUUCUGCUCUCCUACUCAGCUGUCCUUUCUUCUUAAUUCUUUAUAUUUUUCUUCUUUCUUUCUUUUCUUUCUUUUCUUUCUUUCUUUUUUUUUCAUUCGUAGAAGAAAUUCUUUUAUUUUUUUUUCUUCUUUUUCUUUCUUUCUUUCUUUUUCUUUCUUUCUUUCUUUCAUUCGUUCGUUUCCUUUCUUUCUCUUGGCCUUUCUUUUGGUUUUUACAAAAUUUCUUUGUUUCUUUUCUUUUUUAUCUUUUUUUUCGAAUUCUUCCUACCUUCCUUUUUUUUUUAUUCCUUCUAAUCACUGGAAUUCUUUAAUUUUUCUUCUUUCUUUCUUUCUUUUCUUUUUUUCUUUCUUUCUUUCUUUCUUUCUUUCUUUCAUUCGUUCGUUUCAUUUUCUUUCUCUUGACGCUUUCUUUUUCCACCUCGCAUUAAAUUUUCUUUGUUUCUUUCUUUUUUUCUUUCGUUCUUCAAAUCUGCUCUUAAUUGUCCUUUCUUCGAAUUCAUAUUUUUUCUUUCUUUCUUUCUUUCUUUUCUUUUUUCUUUCUUUCUUUCUUUCUUUUCAUUCCUGUCCUUUCUUUGAAUUCUUUAUAUUUUUCUUCUUUAUUUCUUUCUUUCUUUCUUUCUUUCUUUUUCUUUCUUUCUUUCUUUCAAAGUUCGUUUCCUUUCUUUCUCUUUUUUUCUUUUUCACCUCUCCAUUAAAUGAAUUUCUUUGUUUCUUUCUUUUUUUAUCUUUCUUUCGUUCUUCCUACCUUCUUUUUUUUGAAUUCCUUUUGAAUUCUCUUUUCUCCUCAGCUGUCCUUUGGGGAAUUCUUUAUAUUUUUUCUUUUUUCUUUCUUUCUUUCUUUCUUUCUUUUCUUUCUUUCUUUCUUUAUUUUCUCUCUUUCUUUUCUUUCUUUCUUUCUCUCUUUCUUUCUUUCUUUCUUUCUUUCUUUUUUUUUUCUUUCUUUCUUUCUUUCUUUCUUUCUUUCUUUCUUUCUUUCUUUUUCUUUCUUUCUUUCUUUCUUUUCUUUCUUUCUUUCUUUCUUUCUUUCUUUUCUUUCUUUCUUUUCUUCUUUCUUUUCUUUCUCUCUUUCUUUCUUUCUUUCUUUCUUUCUCUUUUUCUUUCUUUCUUUCUUUCUUUCUUUCAUUCGUUCGUUUUCCUUUCUUUUUCUCUUGACGCUUUCUUUUCCACCUCUCAUUACAAUGAAUUUCUUUGUUUCUUUCUUUUUUUAUCUUUCUUUCGUUCUUCCUACCUUCCUUUUUUUGAAUUCCUUCUGCUCUCCUACUCAGCUGUCCUUUCUUCUGAAUUCUUUAUAUUUUUUCUUCUUUCUUUCUUUCUUUCUUUCUUUCUUUCUUUCUUUCUUUCUUUCAUUCGUUCGUUUCCUUUCUUUCUCUUGACGCUUUCUUUUUCCACCUCUCAUUACAAUGAAUUUCUUUGUUUCUUUCUUUUUUUAUCUUUCUUUCGUUCUUCCUACCUUCCUUUUUUUGAAUUCCUUCUGCUCUCCCUACUCAGCUGUCCUUUCUUGAAUUCUUUAUAUGGAUUCUUCUUUCUUUCUUUUCUUUCUUUCUUUCUUUCUUUCUUUCUUUCUUUCAUUGUUCGUUUCCUUUCUUUCUCUUGA